AUGGGAGGUAACAACCUUGUUGCCAAGGCUGUCGUGUCGCAGCCGACGAUUAAGAUCCUCGUGGAUGAAGAGGUCGAAUACGAGUUCGACCAGCAGAAAUUUGAGGAGCACGUCUCCUCCUCCUCCUCCUCCAGAUCGUCUUCUCCUUGUAAGGACGGGAAGGCCGCUUCCCUCAAGAAGGUUUGGUUAUUUUCUAGAAUGGAUGAAACAAAUUCAACUAGUGUAGAGUUCGGAAUAGGAGAAUCAAGUGCUAUUGGAAGUGAAAUUGCGGACAAUACUAUAAAUGCUCCUAAACCACUACUAGGAAUGAAGUUUAAUAGUUAUGAAGAAGGUUAUAACUAUUAUAACUCUUAUGCAUUGUUGAUGGGUUUUGGAAUAAGAAAGAGCACGGUAAAUUACUCGCGUAAGACUAGAGAAGUGGUAGACAGAAAGUUUGUUUGUGAUAAGGAGGGCCAUAGACCUAAAAGAGACAAGAUAGAAAAUCCAGUUCGGCGAGAGACCCGAGUGGGAUGUAAGACAAUGAUGCGAAUUAAAUUAUUGAAGGACAAAUCGUGGGAGGUCACGGGGUUUAUUGAAGAACAUACAAAUCAUGUGUUGAGUAGUCCAGACAAAGCAAAAAUGCACAGAUCACAUCAACAAUUCCAUAAAACUCAAAGAUGUAAAAAACUUAUUGAUAGUCUACAAGAAGAAGGUAUGCCUCCUUCCACUAUUUCUCGUGUCAUCAAUGCAACUAAUGGAAGAGAAGGUGAAAUAGUGACAUCACAACAAUGCAUUGAUCAUAUCAGAACCCAAAGAGUCAAUAAUAUUGGUCAUGAAUGUAUAUCUAUCAUUCGACAUUUUCAGAGUGCGACAGCGAAUGAUCCAGAAUUUUAUUUUGCAAUAGAAAUAGAUAGUAGUGGACAAUUGAGGAGUGUUUUCUGGGCCGAUGGAAGAUCAAGAGCAUCUUAUUUGAAAUUUAGUGAUGUUAUUGUGUUUGAUGUGACAUACAGAAUUAAUAAGUCCAGUCUUCCAUUUGCUCCAUUUACUGGUGUAAAUCAACAUAGGCAGUCCACUUUACUUGGUUGUGCAUUAUUAGCCGAUGAACAGGAAGAUACAUUUGUUUGGUUAUUUGAAGAAUGGCUGAAAUGCAUGCAUGGCAUUAAACCAGGUGCUAUUAUAACAGAUCAGGAUAGAGCAAUGUGUAAUGCUAUUCACUCAGUGUUUCCAACGAUAAGACAUCGUUAUUGCUAUUGGCACAUGCAAAAGCAUAUUAUUGAUCAUUUGCAUACUUUGAUAUCUCGUUAUGGUGAAUAG